GAUGGAGCCACGUUUCGUGGCGAGGAGGAGCUGAUCCACUCGGGAGAGUCUGUGGGAGGAAACCCGGGGCUGGUUUGUGAAGUUACAGCUACGGCAGAGUAAUUCUGUGCUUACGUGCGAGGACACGGGUCUGUGCUGGGGACACUCGCGGUGUCCUCUUGUGUGACAGGGGACAGCUUGUUGGACGCGGAUUUGGGAAGGAAGGGAUCCAGCUCUCUGCUUCCGAUCCUCGCAGCCAUUAAUCACCGUCCGGCUCUUGCUUUUCCCAUCAGAAUUGCAUUAAGCAGCGCUGGCUGGCACUGCGCCGCUCGCUCCAGCCUGGCUUUGCCGAGGGAAUGCUGUCUGUGUAGGGAUGGAGCAAGGCUGGCACCGGGCUCCUCCGUGAUGCUGGGCCGGGGCACAGCCAGCGAUCCCCAUCACUCCCCUUGCCACUGGAUGGUGCCUUCGGAUCCUGCAGAGCGCUCCUCUGGUUGAACGCACCUUUUGUUGGAUUUUUUUUUUCCCCUUUUUUCCCCUAUUAGCCAAGGAAAACUUCGCAACUUCCCCUCGCUCUCGGAGAGGAGCCACCGCUGCUGGGUUUCAUUUUGGGUUGUUUUAAUUUGAGGUCACGUGCACGUUGACAGUGUCUUUUGAGUCUAGAGAUGGUCUCGUCUCUAGCUUAAAAGGAGCUUUUGAGCUCUUCCCUCUGUUGUUUUCUCUCUGUUCAGGAACAAAGACAUUUUGGUGCCUUUAAUUAAAAGGAAUAUUAAUUCUCCGCUCCUUUGUCGAGCGACUUGAAGACUCUCUGCAAGCAUCCGUCUGCUCGGCACCGCAGAGGGAUAACGCGGAGACGCGGGCCGCCACCAUGCCCGACUCACCGGCUGAUGUGAAGACGCAGUCCAGGUCCACGCCGCCCAGCAUGCCUCCGCCGCCGCCAGCUGUCACGCAGGGAGCCACGCGGCACCCGUCCUUCACACCAAACACCAAUCGAGACGCUGGCCCUCCGACGUUUCUGCCUCGCGGCCGUUUUCAUGGUUGCUUGAAAUGGUCGAUGGUCUGUCUUUUGAUGAACGGGAGCAGCCACUCACCAACUGCCAUGAACGGGGCCCCGUCCACCCCAAAUGGGUUCAGCAACGGGCCGGCCACCUCCUCCACCGCCUCCCUGUCCACGCACCAGCUCCCUCCAGCCUGCGGUGCCCGGCAGCUCUCCAAGCUCAAGCGUUUCCUCACCACGCUGCAGCAGUUCGGCAACGACAUCUCCCCCGAGAUCGGGGAGCGGGUGCGCACCCUCGUCCUGGGGCUCGUGAAUUCCACACUCACCAUCGAGGAGUUUCAUGCCAAGCUCCAGGAGGCCACCAACUUCCCGCUGAGACCCUUCGUCAUCCCCUUCCUCAAGGCCAACCUGCCACUACUGCAGCGGGAGCUGCUGCACUGCGCCCGCAUGGCCAAGCAGACCCCGGCCCAGUACCUGGCGCAGCACGAGCAGCUGCUGCUGGAUGCCAAUGCCUCCUCUCCCAUUGACUCCUCCGAGCUGCUCCUGGAGGUGGGCGAGAGCGGCAAGAGGAGGACUCCAGACAGGACCAAAGAGAACGGUUUGGACCGAGACCCUCUGCACCCCGAGCACCUCAGCAAGCGGCCGUGCACCAUGAGCCCGGCGCAGCGCUACAGCCCCAGCAACGGGCUGAGCCACCCUCCCAAUGGAAUGGGGCACCCCCCGGCCGCUCCCCCGCUGCCCCAGCACUACCGCCUGGAGGACAUGGCCAUGGCGCAUCACUACCGUGAUGUCUACCGGCACCCUGACCCCCGUGAGCGCCAGCGGCCCGCCGCAGUGCAUGGAGCGCGGCAGGAGGAGGUGAUCGACCACCGGCUAACUGACCGGGAAUGGGCAGAGGAGUGGAAACACCUCAACAAUCUGCUGAACUGCAUCAUGGACAUGGUGGAGAAGACGCGCCGGUCGCUGACGGUGCUGCGGCGGUGCCAGGAGGCCGACCGCGAAGAGCUCAACCACUGGAUCCGGCGCUACAGCGAUGCCGAGGACAUGAAGAAGGGCAGCCCCCCUUCCGCCCGGCCCCACAACAGCUCCUCCGCCUCCGAGGCACCCCAGUUAGAUGCUCACCGGGAGUUCACACCUCGGCCCCUCUCUGGGUACAUGCCGGAGGAGAUCUGGAGGAAGGCUGAAGAAGCCGUGAACGAGGUGAAGCGCCAGGCCAUGUCGGAGCUGCAGAAGGCCGUGUCGGAUGCCGAGCGGAAAGCCCACGAGCUGAUCACAACGGAGCGAGCCAAGAUGGAGCGAGCCCUGGCCGAGGCCAAGCGCCAGGCUUCCGAGGAUGCCCUCACCGUCAUCAAUCAGCAGGAGGACUCCAGCGAGGUGGGGGCUGUAAGGGGCGAGCCGGGGGGACAGGGUUGGUGGCAGCAUGGGCAUAUGGGAUGUGGUCCUUCUGCAGUCAGAGCUGCUGGAACUGCGGGCGCAAAGCAAGCGAGACCUGCAGCGGCUGCAACACCGCCCGCUACUGCGGCUCCUUCUGCCAGCACAAGGAUUGGGAGAAGCACCACCACGUCUGCGGGCAGACUCUGCAGGGGCUGCCGGCCCCCGCUGCCCCCAGCGCCGGUGUGGGGCUGCCACCGGGCCCGGGGCAGCCCGAUGGAGUGGCCACCAUCGCCAGCAGCCCCAGUGAGACGGGAUCGGUGUCCGCGUCCCGCGCUGGCACACCGGCCACCCCGGCUCCGGUGGAGAGCGCAUCCCGCUGAGCCCGGCUGGGACCACCGCUGCUGCCACCGCUCUCCAAGAGACACGGACUGCACUCGAUGCAACCUCCUCAGCUACCUGACUCGUGUGACCUCCGAAACGACCUCUCUAGCUCUUCACAAAUAAUCCUCACGGAUCCUCAAACUGGGCUUUAAGUGGAGUUAAGGCAAAUACCGGUCUUCUCUGUUCUCUCUUCAGUCUUUGUUUUGGCUUCUUUUUUUUUGUCUUGGUUGGUUUUCUAUCAGUUGGGGGAUUGUGGUUCGGGUAUUUUUUUGGGGAGGGGGUUGUUUUUUUUGUCCUAGUUUUUGCUUUCUGGAUGAGGGAUGUGGCUGCAGCCUCGCCAUGGAGUGACAUGGGGAGAGGCCAGCUUGGUUCUGGCCCAUACUGGCACUGCCAAGGGGCUCGCUCGCAGAAGGAAAGAAACUUCUUUUCUUCAUCUCUCUCUUAAUUUUUUUCCCUUUUUUUUUUUUUUUUUUGUAAAAAAAAUAAAGAAAUAAAAAAGAAAACAUCGAACUCUUUGGCUUUAAGUAAGAAAUUGUAAAAAAGGAAUUAAAAAAAAAAAAAAAGAAAAAAAAAAAGAGAAAAAUCCAAAAACCAGAC